AGCCGAUUACCGCUGAUCUCCAUCGUGAUUCUGUUUUCACCGUCUGUUCCCUCAAUCUAUUUCUGUUUUGCGUCGCUGCCGGGAAGAUAAGCUUUCUCGUUUUGAUACAUUUUCGCAGCGCCCGGUAACUCCUCUGCAAAGUUUGGAGCAUGCUGGAGUGUUUCCUGCAGGCUCUGCUUUUUCUGGGAAAGCCGACAUUAGAGGUGUAAUCUGGCAGUGAGCUGCUGAGUGUGAUGUGAGCUGCACCGCGGACUAACUUUUUGUACCAUGGUAAACCUGGAUUACCUUUCCCUGCUAGCGGAGUUUUGAAGCGCUUUCUACCCACGGCAGUGAGCGCCUAGUGGAGAUGUGAUGUGAUGCCUCGGGUUACUGUUUGAAAGUUGGCACCUAAAAUAAAAAACAAAAUCCGGGUGGACAUACAAUGCAGAAGGGCGUGCGGUACAACGAGGGCCACGCUCUGUAUCUGUCUGUGGUUGCGCGUAAAGAGGGCUCCAAGCGCGGCUUCCUGAGCAAGAAGACCACGGAGAACAGCCGCUGGACCGAGAAGUACUUCGCCCUGUACCAGAACGUGCUCUUCUACUUCGAGAACGACCAAAGCUCGAGACCCUCCGGGAUAUAUCUGCUGGAGGGAUGCACGUGCGAGCGAGCACCUGCACCAAAAGUCUCCGCCAUCAGCAAGGAGCACGUGGAGAAACAGCAGCACUACUUCCUGGUGGUUUUCGGCCACGAUGGACAGAAACCGUUGGAGCUGCGAACGGAUGAAGAGUCCGACUGCAACGAGUGGGUGGAGUCUGUGCAGCAGGCCAGUUACUCUGACAUCAUCAUCGAGCGUGAGAUCCUGAUGCAGAAGUACAUCCACCUGGUCCAGAUCAUGGAGACGGAGAAGAUCGCAGCCAAUCAGCUCCGCACUCAGCUGGAGGACCAGGACACGGAAAUCGAGAGGCUCAAAGCUGAGAUUGUUAUGUUGAACAAAACCAAGGAGAGGAUGCCUUACCACAACAACCAAGAGGAGGAAGACCCAGAUAUUAAAAAGAUCAAAAAGGUUCAGAGCUUCAUGCGAGGCUGGCUGUGUCGGAGGAAGUGGAAGAUCAUCGUCCAGGACUACAUCUCUUCCCCUCACGCUGAGAGCAUGAGGAAGAGGAACCAGAUCGUCUUCAACAUGGUGGAGGCAGAGACGGAGUACGUCCACCAGCUCUCCAUCCUCGUGAACUGUUUCCUGCGGCCGCUCCGCAUGGCGGCCAGCUCCAAGAAACCUCCCAUAAGCCACGAUGACGUCAGCACCAUAUUCCUCAACAGUGAGACCAUCAUGUUUUUGCACGAGAUCUUCCAUCAAGGCCUGAAUGCUCGGAUCGCCAACUGGCCCACACUAGUUCUUGCGGACCUGUUUGACAUCCUGCUGCCGAUGCUGAACAUCUACCAGGAGUUUGUGCGGAACCACCAGUACAGCCUGCAGGUUCUGGCUAACUGUAAGCAGAACAGAGACUUCGACAAGCUGCUCAAACAGUACGAGUCCAACGCUGCCUGUGAGGGCCGGAUGCUGGAGACGUUCCUCACUUACCCCAUGUUCCAGAUUCCACGAUACAUCAUCACUCUUCAUGAGCUGCUGGCUCACACACCUCAUGAGCAUGUGGAGCGAAAGAGUCUGGAGUUUGCCAAAUCCAAACUGGAGGAGCUGUCAAAGAUGAUGCACGAUGAGGUGAGCGACACUGAGAACAUCAGGAAGAAUCUGGCCAUAGAGAGGAUGAUUGUAGAGGGCUGUGACAUCCUGUUAGACACCAGUCAGACUUUUGUCAGACAAGGCUCUUUCAUCCAGCUGCCGUCAAGCAGCGAGCGAGGGAUGCUCAGUAAGGUCCGCCUGGGCUCCCUCUCUCUGAGGAAGGAAGGAGAGCGACAGUGUUUCCUCUUCACCAAACACUUCCUCAUCUGUACACGAACAUCUGGAGGAAAGCUUCACCUGCUGAAGCAAGGAGGCACGUUGUCUCUGAUAGAGUGCACCCUCAUCGAAGAACUAGAUGCCAAUGACGAGGACUCAGACAAUGCAGCAGGUCAAGGAUUCAACCAACUGGAGUUUAAGAUCAUUGUGGAGCCACCUGACGGACAGGCCUUCUCUGUUGUCCUCUUGGCUCCUUCACGCCAAGAAAAGGCCGCUUGGACCAGCGAUAUUAGCCAGUGCAUCGAUAAUAUCCGAUGUAACGGCCUGAUGACCAGCGUCUUUGAGGAGAACUCCAAAGUUUCAGUGCCGCACAUGAUCAAAUCCGAUGCCCGCCUGCAUAAAGACGACGUGGACAUCUGCUUCAGUAAAACCCUGAACUCCUGUAAGGUCCCUCAGAUCCGGUAUGCCAGCGUGGAGCGGCUGCUGGAGCGACUGACAGACCUGCGCUUCCUCUCCAUCGACUUCCUGAACACCUUCCUCCACACCUACAGGAUCUUCACCACAGCCGCCGUUGUCAUCGACAAGCUAGCCGACAUCUACAAGAAGCCGUUCACCUCAAUACCUGUCAGGAUCGAGCAACUUUCAUGUGACCGUCUGUCCAUCAUGUCCCUCUGUCCUGACUACAGUCUGAAGAUCACGCAGCUGGCCCUGGACCAGUCCAAGUCUCUGGAGCUCUUCUUCGCCACCAACCAGAGCUCGUGGGGGACGGACCCUCUGAACAACAAAUCCCCGAGGCUGAUCCGCAAGUUUUCCUCUCCCCCGCCCCUCACCAUCUCCUCCCGCACCUCCUCCCCCGUCCACUGCCGCAAGCUCUCCCUCAACUGCCCCAUCAGUGGAAAACCAGGAGUCUUGGAUAUGUCCACCACCCCCACCUCCUCUGCAGCCAACUCCCCCACCUCCAGUCACUGCCCCUCCAUCUCCUCUCCUCCUCCCAACUCACCGAAGCCUUCCUCUGGCUUUUUCUCCCUUCCGACCAUCGCCCCACGCUCUCCCAGCCUCCCCCAAGCUUCUGGAGUUUCCUCCCCGCCCCCCACCUCCACCAAGGCCCCCAUGGACUUCAGCCGCGGUCCUGGAUCCCCAGAGCCGAGCCCAGCUGCAGGGGAGGACGUCAGCGGAGAGCUGCCUCGCUUAGACGCCUUCUGUGGGAAGCUGAGGCGCAGCAUUCGCAGGGUUGUUCUGGAGUCAGUUUCUAUGGACAAGUUUCUCCCUGAAACACCAGCCAGCAGCGAGCCGGGCGACAUGUCUCCCUGCCGCUCGCCUACAACACCGAGGCACCUCCGCUACAGACAGUCAGGAGUCACACCCGGGGAGAACUCGCGUUGCCCAAUGUCCCCGGCUUCAGCGUUUGCAAUCGCCACUGCUGCUGCCGGGCAUAGCAGCACCCAGAGUUUUAGUAAUUCUGAAAAGGUCUGUGACAAAGAAUUCAUCAUCCGGAGAGCUGCGACCAACAGAGUUCUCAACGUGCUGCGACACUGGAUUUCCAAGCACUCUCAGGACUUUGAAAUGAACAUUGAGCUGAAGAUGGGGGUGAUUAAUCUGCUGGAGGAGGUGCUGCGAGAUCCUGACCUGCUGCCUCAGGAGAGGAAAGCAACAUCAAACAUUUUAAGUGCACUUUCUCAAGAAGAACAAGAUGAUGCUCAGCUGAAGAUAGAGGACAUAUUACAGAUGAAAAGCUGUCCCCUACUACACUUCAUUGUGGCCGAGAGUCCUAAAGCGGAGUGUUUUGAGUCUCUCUCAGCCAUGGAGCUUGCAGAGCAGAUCACGAUGCUGGACCACAUCGUGUUCAGGGGUAUUCCCUACGAGGAGUUUCUCGGUCAGGGCUGGAUGAAGGUCGACAAAACAGAGAGGACUCCGUACAUCAUGAAGACCAGCCAGCAUUUUAAUGAUAUGAGUAACCUGGUGGCGUCUCAGAUCAUGGCCCAUACUGAUGUUGGCUCCCGAGCGAGCUCCAUAGAGAAGUGGCUUGCAGUGGCCGAUAUCUGCCGCUGCCUCAACAACUACAACGGCGUGCUGGAGAUCACCUCGGCUCUGAACCGCAGCCCCAUCUACAGGCUGAAGAAGACGUGGGCUAAAGUCUGCAAACAGACAAAGGCACUCAUGGACAGGCUGCAGAAGACUGUGUCAACAGAAGGACGGUUCAAGAAUCUCAGAGAGACACUGAAAAACUGUAACCCUCCAUGCGUCCCGUACCUGGGCAUGUACCUCACGGACCUGGCUUUCAUUGAGGAGGGAACACCCAACUUCACAGAGGAGGGCCUGGUUAACUUCUCCAAAAUGAGGAUGAUUUCUCAUAUUAUCCGGGAGAUUCGUCAGUUUCAGCAAGCACCUUACAGGAUAGAGCACCAGCCCAAGGUGACUCAGUUCCUCCUGGAUAAGACACUAGUGAUGGAUGAAGAUACCCUCUAUGAUCUCUCGCUGAAGAUCGAACCCCGAGUACCCCCUGGCUAAUUGCAUUUCACACACAAACAUAUUCACUGUACAAAAUAUACAUCCAUCCUUACAAUAUUAACCAUCAUUUAACAAAACUUGAGAUUCUUUCUUAAUAAAGCAGGGGUCGUUUCAUAUAACACCACCAGUUAUUGUGCUUAGGAAACUCGGGAGAAAAUGUGCCUUUUGUAAAUAUCUGAUGUGUAUAUUUAGUAAACAGAAUGAACUGUAUAACACACACAAAUCUGCCAUACAAUCGUACAGUUAUGACUGUAGAAAUAACCAUGUUAACUACUUAAACAUGGCACUAGAAAGUAACAUGUUGCUGCUAUCACACUGUAAAUACUAAACAACCUGCCUCUGUAGUCUUGCAUUGAAACUUUCUAAGAUGAUUUAUACAUUAUUUGUAUGAUAUUGGCCAGAUUAACCUGCUUUAAAUCCCUUAGCCUUUGGGUCCCAGGUUUGCUGUGUGAUAGUUUCCAAAUUAAUUUAGGAUUAUACCAUUUUGUGCAGCAUUUAAACCGAUUAUAUAAGCCUAACUUGAUGCUGUGUUCAAAGACAUGUUGCUCACUGGGACUGUACAGAAACAGUCCCUUGUUUGGCCACCUGGGGCAGCAGAACAAGCUGGAAACAUGAUUAUACAUCUUUUCUUCGAGCUCUGUUUUGGUCUCCACAAAAUCUUUAAAGGAAUUUCAGAUAAAGAGCCUCACUUUCCCAACAAGCUUUUCUUUGAAUUUGUGUUUUUGUUACACAGUGGUUUUUUUUAUAGAGAUUUACCGCCCGCUCCUGCAAGAAGCAAGGUUGAUGAGAACUAUAAGAGUAAACCAUAUUUGUAAAGUGGAGGGAUGUAGGCCUACAAUCAAAAAGAGGGAUGUUACACCAGAUGUAUAAAGUUUGUAAUUGCCCUUAUCAAUAUUUUAAUAUUAAUAAUGCAAUAAUUAUUUGAUGCACACACUGUACACUAUAAUCAGCAUCAGACCAAAAAAGGCAGCAGUAAGCUGGUUUAAAAAAGUCCACUGUUAAGCAGCUAAAGAGGAAGAUAGUUCCCUCAGUUUUUGGAGACCAGUAAAAGACAACAACAUAAAGUUAUAAUAUAUUGUGGUUGUGUUUGCAGCUUGUUGAGUGGAAAGAAAAACUAUUAUUUCUGAUUAAAGAUGUUUUUUAUUGGACAAAACGGUUUAAAUUGAAUACAAACAAUAAUUUGUAACUCACAAACGUCAAGUGAUUUAAGGCAGCUGAUUGCCUGUGGGGAUAAAGUAUAACUGGGGGCCCCGGUGGGUGUCACACGACCUGCAAUACCAGCUAUAGCCACCUGGGAUAUUGCCUCCCAAGCUAGAUCUGAUCCCAGUGCCAACUGAUUUAAAAUCAGGUUGUAAAGUCUAGAAAUUCCCCCGCAGUAUCAUGUCAGUUAAUAUUAAGCUUUUAUCUUGCGUAUACCAAAUUGAGUAAUUAAAUUGCCCGAGACCAAAUUCCACACAAUAAACCUCAGUUAUUGGAGGCCCGAGGUGUACGGCUCUGGGGAAUCUGAGGAAUUUCUACUUUACCUGGUUGGUAGGUCAGCUUUCUGCAUAUGUGUGGGUCACAAACAUGGUUUCCUAAACGGCUGGAGUACAGUUACAAUAUUUGUACCUUAAACUUACUGUCUCGACUGUAUCUUGGUGACGUUGAUAUAUCGUUCAUCAUAUUAUCCGUUAAGGUUUAUGUUGUUGCAUUUGCUACUUUUGCAUGUUACAACUUUGUAGUUCACACACGUUCCAAAUCUGAAAGUAUUGAUACUGCAAAUGUAAUAUUUAUUCAUAUUCAAAACCGUAUCAAAUCAUAUUUCAUCAGUUAUGUAAUGUUAGUGAUUUUGUGCACAAAUCUUUCUGAUUUGGAAAAAUCACAUUCCUGCUCUUUUUCACAAGUAUCGCCUCAAAGGUUUGUUUUGUUUCAAAGCCCCCUUACUUUUUUCUUUUUUUAUAUAAUUCCAUGUCAAUGUGAUCUUUAAAUCAUAUCAAUAUUUUAAACCUUGUGGACUGUUUUAGCAAAAUAGAAAUAGCUUUGCACUAUGGAUUUCUUAUGAAUGUCAAUAGACUCUAAACUUGUUUAUAGCAUGAUUAUAGCACGAUGUCCUUUGUGUCCCUGGGAUUACUUUUAUCCUUAUUGUUGACUUUUACUGAGUUUUAUUAGAUUCGUCCGUUUAUUUUUUAAGAUGCCUGAUGUCAGGAAUCUUAAAAAUAUUCAAUGCGUUAGUAUUGCUUUCUUACAUUACUGUAUACUUUAAAUUCACACUUUGCGGUUGUAUUUUCCAUGCAUUUUUUGGUUUGAUGUACAGAUAUUUACACACAAUAAAAACAAAAAAAGUCAAUUAUAA